AUGGGCAAGCGCAAGAAGUCAAGCUCCAAGCCCCAAGGGCCUAAGAAGAGGGAGCCUCUUGCUACCACAUUCUCCUGUCUCUUUUGCAACCAUGAGAACUCUGUGGUCGUCAAGCUAGACAAGAAGCUUGGCCUUGGCGAUCUAUCGUGCAAAGUUUGUGGUCAAAAGUUCCAAACCGGUAUCAAUUAUCUUUCUGCUCCCGUGGAUGUGUAUUCAGAUUGGGUAGAUGCAUGUGAUGCAGUUGCGAAGGACACUGCCAAUCAGUAUGAUGCACCGGUUUCUAGUCACUUGGGACAGAGAGGGAUCAGCAAGCAGGGCAUAUCUGGAGAGACUGGGCAGGACGAUGGCUACGAUGAUGAUGAAUACUGA